CUCUGCUGGAGCCGUACCUGUCCAUUAAUGUGCCGCAAGGAGCGGUACUUACAGUCGCGAUCAUGGUCGUGUUCAUCGCUUGGAAUGUAAAGAGUUGAGCGUGUUUGAAGAGCCAGGAUGCUUCAUAAAGGUCCCAGGCUGCUGGAUUUUGCCAAAACUCCACGGCAUCUUCAGUUUAACAAGUAUGUCCUGACGGGUUACCGGCCAGUGUCUACAGCCCAGGAGUGUCUCAGGAGCCUCUUCUAUGUGCACAAUGAGCUUGGCAACAUCUACACUCAUGGAGUCCCCUUCUUCCUGUUUCUGGUGCUGUUGCCCUUCAGUAUCCCGUGGAUGGAGGUGGACUGCGUCUGGAUCUGCGUGGUCCACUACUUGGCCUGUCUCAGUCCCACAAUAGGUUCGGUGGUCUACCAUGUCUUCAUGAACCACAUUGGAGGGGAGCACGUGUACGACACCCUGCUGUCCCUGGACAUGUUUGGGGUCUGCCUUGUCAACACUCUGGGUGCCCUGCCCAUCAUCCAUAUCACCCUCCGCUGUUACCCGACUCUGCAGCAGGCCUCUCUGCUGGUCUACAUCCUCCUGUCAGUCUACGGCAUCUACUGCGCCACCACAGCCCGCACCAACAUCCUGCGCCUGAGAGCGUUCGUGUGGCAGGCCCUCUUCCGCUUCAGCCUCUUCCUGUUCCGCGUCUACGGCAGCGGCGUGGGCAGCCCCAACUCUCUGCGCCUCUUCAUCAUCAUGGACUCCCUGGCGGUGUUGGGAGGACUGGUCAACAUCAUCCAGAUCCCGGAGCGCUUCAGCCCAGGACUGUUCGACAACUGGGGCAACAGUCACCAGAUCAUGCACAUCAUGGUCAUCUGCUCCAUCAUCUACCUGCAUUGGGGCACACUGGAAGACUUGGCCUGGAUCAAGACCUUCCAGUGUCCCACCGAGUGAGUGAGAUUGUAGAACCGGAGCCCAGAAGGUAUUGAGAUUCCACACCAAAGUUUUUUUUAAAUGCACUUUAGUCCUAGUGACUGCUGACAAGACUGGAUUGACUGUUUAAUACUUGCCAAAACUACAUGAAUUAAAUAUCCUGCCUACUUGACAUGAAGACAUUGGAAUGCAGUAGUUGGGAUUCCAGUACCCAUAAGUAGAAUGUAAUAAAUUAUAUUUUUUAUACCUAAUAACGCUCUGCUCCUCUUUUGUUCUCUGGCGGAGAUGACCUCCAACCAACACGGUGACACAGGGCAGAGAGCCUCUCCCACUCUGACACAAUAAUGUGGCAAAAAA